AAAGCCUAGAUCGCCCGGAACUACCGAAGCUCCCUAUUCUUUAGAAACUGUUGUGUCAUUCAUUGGCCAAGGACAAAUGCCAGAUGAUCAAUAUACUGCGUCAAUUAAUUCUUAUGAACCUUCUCUUAGAACCACCAAAGCACUUAUUAACCAAGAACCAACACCAAUUACCACAUCAAUUAACCUUUACGAGACUAUUACUUCGGAUUUCGUAACCUCACAUACUUAUAAUCAUAUCUCUACUAUUCCUUCUUUCAGACCUACUAAUGCAUUUAUUGGCCAAGGACAAACGUUAGAUGACCAAAAUACCGCGUUAAUUAGCUCUUAUGAAUCUACUACCAGAACAUUUAUUGGACACAAAAUUCGUCAAAAUAUUACACCAAUUAACACUUAA